GAUAACUCUUGAUAAUAAUAUUACAAAUAAAUUGAUACACUAAUGUUGAUUCAACUGUAUUGUUGUUAAUAGGAAAUAUAUAUAUAAGUGAAGUAGCCUUACAGAAAAUAUUCUAUCCGAUUUCAUAAACCAUCUAAGCAACAUGGGUUACAAAAUCGGAGCAAUUCUGCUCAUCUUGAGCUUAUUUUACAUCUCAGUGGCACCAAAUCCUCUCAUAGUGAUAGAGGGUGCAAUCACUGCUACAUCUACGGUUAUGACAAUCACCGACUACGUCAAAGGUCGACCAGUUGUAUCGGAUAUUCUUCCACAAAUGGCUGAUGAUCUGAAUGCGUUAUCGAAUAAUCUUUUCAACAGCGGUGUUAAACUUCGUGAAAGUUUAAGCGGAAUAGCUGAGAGUAUUCCAGCAGAUCUUGAAGCAGCCGCUGAAAUAAAUAAUGAUGUUAGAAAUAUGUAUGAUAAUAUUCUAAAUAUUAAUUACCUUUUCGAAAGAUAUUUCUAUGACAUUAUGGACAAAAAAAUUAGCACUCAUUCCCUUGGAAUUUUCGUCAAUAAAUCAACAAGUGCUGAUAAUAAUGGUCCUGAACAAAGUGCCUUGAAUAUUUAUAAAAUCAUUCAUCCUGAAGAACUUAGCUUACUGAAGCCUAGCUUUUUAAAAAAAAUUGUUACUCAAUUGAAUACAAAUGUAUAUCAACGCUGUAAAAGACAUGAAAGUCCUCAACAACGAAUCUUGAAGAUCUACACAUUAGUCGGAUUAGCUGAAUUCAAAGCCUUCUUGAUGACUUCUAUUGGCUAUGCAUUACGUUCUUCAAUGGUCAAUGAAAACCAUGAUCGAGAUAUAGAACGCGUUAAAAAUGAUCAUAUCGUAAAAAUGCAAAAUUACAUCACGUUAGUUAAAGCUGCUGUAUCAGAAGCCAUGACUGAAGUUGCUAACUGUAAACCUGCGGCGAGUGAUAAAUUUAAUUUAUGGUCACUGCAAGCUGUCAGUUUAUUACCAGUUGAGGCUGACUUCAAGAAUGAUAUGGUAGUGACAGGAGUACGUUUUAACGUAGUAAAUAGAAUACUUCAUGCUCAAAUUGAAGAAGCAAAACUUGGUCCUAAUUAUACAACAGUAUCUGGUACUGAAAGAUGGGUUCCAUUGGAAGAAAUGGAUUGGAUGAGUAGUAUAGGGGGUGCUCGUGGUGGUUGUACAUUGAAAAAAAGAACUUCUUGGAGAAAAUAUGGGUCUAAACCAAUUUGUGCGGAAACUGGUUCCAACAUACAAAUAUAUCUUUCCAAGACCAUGGAAUUUCCUGGAAGUUUUGCUAUUGUUGGUGUGCAAUUCCAUAAGCAGGAACAUAUUGAAGAUCAUAAACUAGCUCUUCAUUUAACUCUUAAAAUGGCAGGAAUUACUCCUCAAGGCAAAGUUAUACCUCAAGUUCUUCCAAGUUUCCAAGAAAAGCAGAAAGAUGCAAAUAACGAAUAUUUUGACUUGGUUAAUCAUCAUAUUGAUUUACAAUCUGUCUAUGCAGACCCAAGACUUCCUCUUACACAAGUUGAAGUCUACCAUCGCGAAGAUCAAGAUCCUGGAAACACUGUAUCUUUGAAACUUCAAACUUUUAAUAUUGCUUCCACGAUUAAAACAAACUAAUGUUAAGCUAUUCAAUAACAUUUUGAAAUACUAUCGUUAUUGAUUCUCUGAAAUAUAGAGAAAUAUAAAUGAUUUA